AGCCAUUUUGGCUUAGGCCAGCACGGUUCAAAAGAGGCGCACAGAGAUACGGGUGGCCCGCGGCCGCUCGCCACAAGACUUCGGCCAUGGCGCUCACCAAGGAGGAGGACAUUCAGAUGAUGCUGGUUUGCAAGACCCAUCUGGGCACCCGAAAUUGCGACUACCGCAUGAAGCGCUACGUCUUCCGUCGCACGGUGGACGGCAUCCACAUCAUCCAUCUCGGGAAGACUUGGGAGAAGUUGAUGGUCGCGGCCCGCGUCAUCGUGGCGAUCGAGAACCCCCUGGACAUCAUUGUCGCUUCCCAGCGCCCCUACGGCUCCCGCGCAGUGCUGAAGUUCAGCCAAUACACAGGUGCCAUGCCACUCGCGGGCCGUUGGAUGCCAGGCACAUUGACGAACCAGAUCACCCAGAAGUACCUCGAGCCACGGCUGCUGAUCGUGACCGACCCGCGCACCGACUCGCAGGCCGUGAAGGAGGCCGCAUACGCCAGCAUCCCGGUCCUCGCCCUUUGCGAUACUGAUUCCCGGCUGGAGAACGUGGACAUCUCCAUCCCCGCAAACAACAAGGGCAAAGAGUCCAUCGCGCUCCUGUACUGGCUGCUCGCCCGCGAGGUGCAGUACCUGCGCGGCACCAUCCAGCGCACGCAGCAGUGGGACGUGAUGGUCGACUCGUUCUUCUGGCGUGACCCCGAGGAGCUGGAGAGGCAGGAGGAGGAGAACCAGUUCCCCGCCCAGGAGUAUGCCGCGCCCAAGCCCGCGCCGGCCGACGACUGGCAGGGCCAGGCUGGGGGCGGGAACUGGGACGACAUGACCUCUGGCGCGCAGGGCAACUGGGAGGGCGGCGGCGGCGGUGGCGCCCAGGACGACUGGAGCGCCCCGGCGGGCCAGGCCGCGGCGACGGGGCAGCAGUGGUGAGCGGGGGGCGGGCAGCGAACUUCCGCACGGUGGCUGGGCGCGCAGGACCACCGGCGCGCGGGCACGCCUCUCCCUUCCCUCCCCUUCCAGAGGCAAGCCAUGGGAGCCCAGCCCCGGCCUCACUCCUUCCCCCGUCUUCCCGUUCUCGCCGCCAGACCUCGCCGUGGACACGUUCGCCCGUGCGUGCGCUGCUCCAAAAGCGGGGAGGGCCGACGGGGGCUGCGAAGGGCCACGCGCGCCCCAGGACGAG